GGGGAUGGUCGGCCGGCUGUCGGCGGCGGGCAGUGGCGGCUGCGCCGGCCCUGCUGGCGGCGGCGGCGCGCGGACGGGACGGGUGCUCCGCUGGCUCGGACGUCGAUGGACCGCCGGCCCGUCCACGAUGAGUGCCCGCCGCCACUAUGAGCGGGGAGCUGCCGCGGCCCACCUCGAACCUGACUGGCACUGUGCUGCUCAGCCCGCCCGACUGGCCGUCCCCCUCCGUGUCUGUCGCCGCCAUCCUGGUAAUGGCUGUGCUUCUGGCUGUGCUCUGUGUGUGUCUGCUGGGUCCGCGCCUGCUGCGACUGGCCGCCGACCUCUGCCCCUGUGACCUGCCGAUGCCGCUGGCGCCCUCCGGAGCACACAUUCCAAGUGGCUGCCGACGGUCUCAGGCUGACCGCGGUGCCCUGGAGGGCUGUCUGAUGUGUGACCGUGGCGCGGCGGCGCUCACCGAGCAGCGGCGAACGUUGGCACUCUCUGCGCAGCGCGACUCCGAGCUGGGGCUGCCACCGGCGCUGCCACUGCCAGACGGAGAGGAAUUCCCCCACUCCGUCAACCACAUACAUAUCCGAACGGCGGAACAGGAGAAGGAGAUUUACCAGGCAUACAUCCGACCGCCGCCAAACCGGACUAUCGUCGGCCGGCAGCCGUCUCCGUCGGCCGUGACGUCACCGUCGACACCGACGGCAGCCGUGUGCGCCCGACGGCCGGCGGCGAGCGGUGCCAAGUCGCGCCCACUGACACUCGAGUCGUGCCAGCGGUGCGUGCCGGCUGUGAACACCCCCGAACUGACUGUGAUCGUGCCCGUGGCCAGGACGGCCGUGCGAGCCGGCUCAGCGCCGCGUCCGCCCGAGAGACUCCCAGCUGUGCCGCCGCCCGGUGCCGAGCGGUCGCCGGCAGCGACUGUGGCGACAUCUAUAACUACAUCAGUAACGCCACCUGUGACUCGCUCCAGCCGGCGACUGGCGACCGACCUGCCACCUGGCGGCGGGGUGAGGCCUGCGCGGAGGGCGUCCGGUCGGCUGGCGGCUCGGGCCGCCGCUGCUGCCGCUGGCCUCUUCUCUCGGCAGCGCUGACAGUGACCCCGCGGCAUCCGUCAGCCGGCAGCCACCGUCUUUCAUUGUUGUGUCCUCCAUGUGGGCAGCACGCACACACGCACGCGUCGGUCGAGUCAACGGCACACGCACAACGCCGACCGGCGAAUAUCCGUUCUGCGUGAGGUACCGCGUUUGGGAAACGUGCGAGCGAUUGUGAGAGUCGAGAUUAUGUGUCUGAAUAACCGCGUCCGUGAUAAUUGCGCUCCAAAGUGGUCGCGAGAGGCUGAUUUGAGUGCGUAUCAGCGACGGAUGUGAUCGUCGUUUGAUGCUGAGUGCCACGCACAAUGUGAUAUCCAUGUGCGGAUGCAUUGCGCGUUUGUUCGGUAGAGCGACUGUUUUAGCCUGCGGUCUGUAUGGAGUGUCACUGGUUUGUGGUCAUCGUGAUUCGUGGUUUGUGGCUCGGUGUGACGUCUGUUGUCAUGACUAUGGUCUAUAUUCGGUGGUCCAUGGCCUUUGGUCCAUGGUGUUUGGUCCAUGGUCUUUGGUCCAUGGUCUUUGGUCCGUUGGCCCAUGGUCCGGUACAGCCGUGACGCCGGCGUCCCUCGCUGUGCCAGCAGCAACGGCUGAAUCCACGGCAGGGUCCCACCCGACCCUUCAACUGACCUGUCGAACGCCCUGGAUUCGUUGGAACGGGCCGAGUCCGCAGCGGGGCCACGUCCGAACGAACCCUCACCUGACCUGUCGAACGCACACCUCAGAUGUAUGCAUUUCAUAUAUAAACGUUAUUUAUAUGACUUAUCUCUGGUCAGAUGACAGAUGUAUGCUCAGCUGUAUUGUGCAUCAGUCAUUGUAACAUUUUCGCGACGAAACAAGCA